AUAAAUAUUAAAAAUUUAAAUACUAAAACUAUUAAAUAAAAUAAAAAAUAAUUCAUCUUCGCUUCAACUCAUCUAGAUCUUCGUGUGUAAUAAAAAAAAAAGUUUAAAUAAAUAACCAGCAGCAGCGGUUUGCAUCACCAGUGCAUCUUGGGAUAGCAAUGGUGGGCGCGUGAUUUUGAACAAAUUCCCUGAUAACAAUACAACUACACAGGAUUUAAAAAAAAAAAUACAUGAAAUGGCGAGUAAAAAAUCCGAAUCUGCUGGAGAUGGUGGUCUGAGUUUGGAACACAGCUCGGAGCAGUAUACGAAUGAGUAUGACCAGUUUGCUAGCAUCGAAGCUGAGUUGGAGUGCAUGAAUGCCGAGGAAGUGACGACAACUGAGGAAGAGAUCACUGUCGAGGAACAUGUUGAGACUGAGGAGGUUAUUAGUCCAGAUAUUGAAAUGGCUGAUGUGUCUGAGGAGAUAGAAGAGGUUGAAACUGUUUACAAACCAGUUCCUAAAGCCAACCAGACUGUUUUCCAACCAAAAUCGACGUACCAACGUGUCCCUGUCUCUGCUGUCCAGGUCAAGUCGACAACGUCAUCACAGCCAACACAGAGUCAGUCAAUAAUGAUCGUCUCCCCGGCAAGUGGUCAAGGAGCGAGUCAGUUUUUAAAAAUAUCACAUCCAGCGUCAACGCCGCAGUCCCAAUUGCAGUCAUUAGCACACUCACUUAUCACAGCUAAAUCUGCUGAAGGAAAUAUUGUGCAUUUGAGAUCUGCUCAGCCAGGCAAACCUCACGUAGCGACCUGCCAGUCAGGAAACAUCACGCUGACUAACGUCCCGCCUAUUACUAAAAUUGCCACGACCUCAAUAAAACGACCGGCGCAAUCCCAGCAGCAUAACAAAAAUGUCUAUGCCAAGAUGAUUAUUUCUGGAGGUAAAUCGCAAGAAAUAGCAGAAGGAAGUCCGGCAGGACCAACUUACAAAGUUGUUUCUACCCACCAAAGUCAAGGUCUGUCUAGCACCACCAAGACGAUAACGCUGGCGCAGGCACAGCAAAUGGGUCUGAUGCCACCUGGAAAAGUCCAGCACAUUUUACCAUCCCCCCAACAGAAGCAGGGAAUUAUUGUCAAUAAAGUCAUCCAAACUUCGACGUCGCAGCCGCCAAAAUUGACUCUCAUUCCCACGGGUUCAAUUAAAACACCGGCUAAAAUUUUACCUGCUCCAGUUACGACUCAAGUUAAAUCAUCGCCGUUCAUAAACUCAAUGUCUAAAGGAGGACCGCAGAAUUCACAGAAAGUUAUUAUUCGUCAAAGUGCACUGAAGCCUGGAACAGUCGUAGGAAGUGGUCAGAUAAUCAGGAUACCCGCGAAUCAAAAUAUCGUCGGGUCUAAUCAAGUUCACCAGAUCCAAAUGCCUGGUCGGCAAGUCCAGUAUGUGCGACUGGUCAGUACUGCGUCGGCAUCAACGACCAACGUCGUCACCGUCGGCAAACCCAAGACCGCCGGGACACUUCAGUCUGUCGGAAUAACUCAGAAGAUCGGCGGACAACAGCAAAUAGUUAAAGUUCUGCCUCUCAAUACUUCCGGGAACCAGCUGAGAACCGUUGCGCCGAAAACUACCAUCACAACUAGCACUGGAACCCAGAGAUUGCUGAUCCCUGCUUCAGGAAAUUCAACUAAAAAUGCAGUUGCUAUUCCUGCGUCCGCUUUGAGUCAACUUGCCUCUGGUCAAGCGGUUUUGUCAACGAAUUCAAACAUGGGGAACAUCGUCGUCUUGCCUGCUCAGUACCUUCAGCAGCAGAAUGCUGAUGGUAAAAAUAAAUCGUCUCCAUCAACGGGGACUGUGAUUAAUGCUCAAACAUCAACCGGCUCUACCAUACAGACGAUAACAAUCAGCGAUGCUCCGAAAGGAAAAUCUAACUCUAACAUGGAGCCCAAUGGUAUCAGACCACGCAAGCCGUGUAAUUGUACCAAGUCGCAGUGUCUUAAAUUGUACUGCGAUUGCUUUGCUAAUGGUGAAUUUUGUCACAUGUGCAAUUGCAACAACUGUUCGAAUAAUCUUGGCAACGAAGAGGAGAGACAGCGCGCUAUUAAAUCAUGUCUCGAACGUAAUCCAAAUGCUUUUCGUCCGAAAAUUGGCAAAGCUCGCGAAACUGGAGACGACAUACGGAGACACAACAAGGGAUGCAAUUGCAAGCGCAGUGGAUGUCUUAAAAAUUACUGUGAAUGUUAUGAGGCGAAAAUUCCUUGCUCGGGUAACUGUAAGUGUAUAGGCUGCAGAAAUAUUGAAGAUCCGGCAGUUGAGAAGAAAACGUUGAAAGAUUUAGCAGAAGCUGUUGAAGUUAGAGCUGCGCAGAUUAACAAAGCUAAGAUUCAGCAACUUGCUGAAAUGGCAUUUAGAGUUCCUGCUGCUUCUAAUUCUGGAGCUAGGCAACCAUUUAAUUUACUGACUGACAAAGUUGUCGAAAUAACUUGUCAAUGUUUGAUGGCGCAAGCUGAUGAAGCUGAACGUAAUAUGUACGACGAUGACACAUCAGAGCGAAUGAUAAUUGAAGAAUUCGGAAGAUGUUUGAAAGAAAUAAUAGACUCGGCACACAAAGCUGAGACUGCGACUUAGCAAACGUCUUCUGAAUGGUAGAUUUUUAUAAUUUUAAUAUAAAAUUACGUCAAACACCAUGUGUACAAUUUAUAAAUAAAGUGUUUAAUUACAAUAUAAAUAAAUGUGGUAAACAAAAGGUUUAACCAAAGACGAUCGGGUAUGAAAAAUUAUCAUUGGUCGUAAUAUAAUUGGUAUAGUAUUUUUGAAUUUAAAUUUGCCACUUAAAUAAUUAGAGGAGUUAAAUAUUAUAUUUGGUUUGUCUGACGGAUUAAAUAUAUUUAUUAAUAUUUAUAAUUAUUAAAAAAUAUUAUUUUUAUAAAUCACUAACCAUUAAUAUUAACACAUAUUAUUUAGGUAGUUUUUUUUAUAUGACAAUUUAAAUUUAAAUUGUUUAAGGUCAAUAUUAAAUAACUGAUAGUAAUUUUAAUCUGUCUACUUGAUAAAAUAUAAAUAUAUUAUAUAUAAAUGUUGGGAAAUGACGUAAUUAAAUGAAUUAAUAAUAACGAUACUGUAAUAUAGGUAAUAAAUAUAAAUACAUUUAAUACAAAUAAAUAAAAAUAUCAGUUUGACUAAUUAUUAAUUAUUAAAAUAUAUAUUUCGUUAUAUAUUAAAAUUGCAAUU